UAGCCAUGAACAUCUCUGUCUCUCUCUAAACUUUCUCUCUUAGUCCAUUCUUAUUUUCUUGAGAGGGUUUGGAAGAAACGAAAAAGGAAGGAAAGCAUGGAAAACCCAUUGCACUUGAAGUCACUGAAUCACAUAUCGGUUGUUUGUAGAUCUGUUGAUAAAUCUCUUGAUUUUUAUCAGAAUGUUCUUGGGUUUUUCCCUAUCAGGAGGCCUAAUUCCUUUGACUUUGAUGGAGCUUGGUUAUUCAAUUAUGGUAUUGGGAUACAUCUUUUGCAAUCUGAAGACCCUGAAAACAUGCCCAAGAUUUGUCAGAUUAAUCCCAAAGAUAAUCAUAUUUCUUUCCAAUGUGAGAGCAUGGGAGCAGUGGAGAAAAAACUGAAGGAGAUGGAAAUAGAGUACUUGAAGAACAGGGUAGAGGAGGGUGGAAUCUACGUUGAUCAACUAUUCUUCCAUGAUCCCGACGGCUCGAUGAUUGAAAUUUGCAACUGUGACAACCUUCCUGUGGUGCCACUGGCCAGAGACACCGUCCGAUCGUGCUCUAGCAUCAGUUGCAGUGUGCAACAGCAGCAAAUUAGACAAGUUGUAUAGAGAUCAAUGGCAUCUCUACCGUUCAUUGGCAUGAAUAUGAAGAGUAUUUUCCCUAUCUGAUGAUAUAAAUUGACGGUUUAGAUCAAAUUAUUAAGUGUUUUGAGUAUGUGCAUGUGUUGUGUGUUUUUCAUUUGCACAAGAAGGUUGAAAUGAAAAAAAGGGCCAAGUGGUAAAUUUCCCAAAUUGAAUGAUACCUUUCUUGAUCUGUUUUGUUU